AUGGCCGCGCCUCAAGUCACAACCUCCACGCCCACCCGGCCCGAGGAGCCCAUCACCAUCCCCGAACACCUCGACGGCGUGGCCUACCUCUACGGCCACCCGCUACUGAAUUCCCUCUCGCCACCCCUCCACCAGACUGUCUUCAAUGCAUUGGGCCUCAACUGGACGCAGAUCCCCCUGUCCAGCGUGACGGGCACAUCGGCAACCUACCCGCCACCGUACACACAGUCACCCCCCAUUGAGAAAUACCUGGCCUCAAUCAGGUCCAACCCCAAGUUCGUCGGCUCGUCCGUGACAAUGCCGCACAAGGUCGCCAUCAUGCCCCACCUGGAUGAUUUGACCGAGCACGCCCAGCAAGCAGGCGCCUGCAAUACCAUCUUCCGGCGCCAGAACCCUAUUACCGGCGAAACCCAGUACGUUGGAACCAACACUGACUGCGACGGUAUCCGCGAAGCCCUCACACAGAACGCUCCGGACCCUUCGCGCUUCCGCGGCCGGCCGGCGCUCAUCAUCGGCGGCGGUGGCACCGCCCGCACUGCCAUCUACGUGAUGCGCCGCUGGCUCGGCUCUAGCCGUAUCUACAUCGUCAACCGUGACGUCAGCGAAGUCGCUACCAUCAUGGAAGAAGACCGUCGCCGUAACCCGGAUCCCACUGCCCAAGCUCCCCUGAUCCACGUCACCUCCCCCGAGGAGGCUGCCCGUCUCGAGGCCCCUGCCGCUAUCGUCUCCGGCAUCCCCAAUUACCCGCCCAGGACCCCCGAAGAGCUCAACUCCCGCUCCAUCAUCCAGUCCUUCCUAGGCACUGCGGCUGAUGCGUCUAAGCAGCAGGGUGUCAUCCUGGAGAUGUGUUACCACCCCGUCCCCUGGACCGAGAUCGCUCAACUGGCCUCGACCGGCGGCUGGAAGGUGAUUCUGGGUUCGGAGGCGCUGAUCUGGCAGGGCCUGGAGCAGGCACGCUUGUGGACUGGCAGAGACAUUGUCAACACACCCGGUGUUGUGCAGCAGGUUAAGGACAUUGUGUCGAAGUCGAUUGCCGAGCGGUCGUCUAACAAGUCUAGCCUGUGA